CUCCUAUCAGUAUUCAAUCGAAUGAGCUGGUGAUCGCUCAUGAAAUAUGAGAAUUAGUAUUUCCAACAUUUAUUAAAUUUUAAAUAGAAAUUAAAUAAUAGUAAAGUGAAAAUGUUGCGUCAAAUUGCGGCAGCGCGCUACACACAACCGUUCCUCAAACAGCAAGCACAACGCAGAGGCUAUCAAAGUGAGAAGGGCGUCUACGGCUACAGGCCUCUGCCCAAGCGCGUCUUUCAAGUGGCCGACGAAACGCUGCAGUCGAGGAAUGCCCAAGGCAAUGUUUAUCGGUGGGUCGAGGCAUAUCGCAAGCAUGGACAUAAACUGGCAGCUAUCAACCCUAUCAGCAUCAGAGACCAGCAGAGUACCAUCAUUGAUGAGCUGAAUCCAGAAUUCUAUGGGCUCACAUUGGAUAAUUUCGUGCAACCGCAAGGUUUAAUUAAUUUGCCACAGUUGGCAGGGAGGAACGCUUCAACCGUAGACGAGUUGGCAUCGUUGUUGAAGGACAUUUACUGUGGCACAUCGGUUAGCGCGGAAUUCGACUACAUUGAGAACCUGGAGGAGCGAGAAUGGCUGGCGAGGCAUUUUGAACAACUCACCGUUGGAUAUCAGCAACAACAACCGGACUUCAGCUUCACGGAGGAUGCGCGCCGUCAGAUAGCUGAACUGCUGGUGAAAUCGCAAACGUGGGAUAAUUUUAUGGCAAUACGGUUCGCAAGUGUUAAACGCUAUGGCGGAGAGGGUGCCGAAAGUCUGCUGGCCUUCUACUGGCAACUCUUCCGCAGCGCUGCACAAGCUGAUAUCGGAGAUCUCGUGGUGGCUAUGCCACAUCGUGGACGCAUGCCUCUCCAAACGACAAUGUUGAAUAUGCGACCUGCGAAGAUUUUCCAUAAGCUCAGCGGAGAGUCGGAGUUCCCGGAUGAUGCACCGGCCAUGUCUGAUACUUUAAGCCACUUCCAUACUUCUGAGGACUUGGAUGUGGAAGGCAAGAAGAUACAUAUUAGCUUAAUAAGAAAUCCAUCGCAUUUGGAGGCAGCGAAUCCUGUGGCUAUGGGCAAAACUCGCUCGAAGCAGCAAAGCGUUCGUGAUGGCGCAUUCAGUGGCGAUCAUGCAAAACCCUUUGGCACCACAGUACUCAAUGUCCUUAUUCAUGGUGAUGCCGCAUUUGCUGGUCAGGGUGUGAAUCAGGAAUGCCUGAAUAUGGCCUACGUGCCACACUUUGAGGUAGGUGGCAGCAUACAUCUGAUUGUGAAUAAUCAGAUUGGCUUUACGACUCCCGGCGAACGCGGUCGCUCUACAGACUACUCUUCCGAUUUGGCCAAAACCAUACAAGCGCCCGUUUUCCACGUGAAUGGUGACAAUCCCGAAAUGGUCGCUUUAGUGACACAAUUGGCAAUGCAAUAUCAAAGGGAAUUCCGCAAAGAUAUAUUCAUUGAUAUGAACUGCUUCCGUCGUUGGGGACAUAAUGAAAUGGACGAUCCAACCUUUACGAAUCCGCAAGUUUACCAGAUCAUUCACAAUCGCAAAUCCGUACCUGAUUUGUAUGUGGAAAGUCUGAUACAAGAUGGGGUACUCAACUCCGAAGAGGCAAAAUCGAUGCGUUCAGAUUACUGGAAUCAUUUAGAUGCCGAAUUGGCGAUAUCAGAAAGUUAUAAGCCCGAAGCGAAUUACUUUAAGAAACAAUGGACUGGUUUAACAAGCGCAUCAGAUAAACUUACUGUCUGGGACACGGGUCUUGACUAUCAACUACUUAACUAUAUUGGCCAUCAGAGUGUUUAUCACCCGAAGGAUUUUAACGUGCAUCCGCAUCUGUUGAAAACACAUGUUGAGGGGCGACGAAAGAAACUAGAUAGUGGUGAAAAGAUCGAUUGGUCCACAGCGGAAGCAUUGGCGAUCGGCAGUCUUAUGUAUCAAGGACAUCACGUACGCAUUAGUGGGGAGGAUGUGGGACGCGGCACCUUCUCCCAUCGUCAUGUAAUGCUGGUCGAUCAGAAGACCAAUGAAAUGUUUAUACCUUUGAAUAGUCUGAAAGGCGGCAACGGCGGCAAAUUGGAAAUUGCUCACAGCAUACUAUCCGAGGAAGCAGUGCUGGGCUAUGAAUACGGAAUGGCUAUAGACGAUCCGCAAAAGUUGAUUAUUUGGGAAGCGCAAUUUGGUGACUUUGCGAACGGCGCACAAAUUAUGAUCGACAACUAUAUAAUAACGGGAGAGACCAAGUGGAUGGAUUCAAAUGGCUUAGUGAUGUUGCUACCACAUGGCUACGAUGGCGCCGCAUCAGAGCACAGUUCAUGCCGCAUUGAACGCUUUUUGCAGUUGUGCGACUCCAAAGAAACCACGCCCGAUGGUGACAAUGUAAAUGUGAACGUUGUGAAUCCCACCACUUCGGCACAGUACUUCCAUGUGUUACGCCGCCAGUUGCUGCGCAAUUUCCGCAAACCACUCAUUGUGGUCGCUCCGAAAAUAAUGUUGCGUCAUCCGGCUGCCACAUCCACACAUGUCGACUUCCAGCCGGGCACACACUUCCACAAUGUGUUGGGUGACCCAAGUGUUGUUGCAGACCAAGUACGAAAAGUCAUAGUGUGUUCCGGCAAGCAUUUCUUUGUGCUAGAUGAGGCGCGCCGAACGAGAGGCAUCACCGAUACGGCUCUAAUACGGCUGGAGUCAUUAUGUCCUUUUCCAGCCUAUGAACUACAACAAGAGCUGGCUAAAUACUCGCAGGCAAAGACCUUUGUUUGGAGUCAAGAAGAGCACCGCAAUAUGGGCGCUUGGAGUUUUGUGCGCCCACGAUUCGAGACUUUGGUUGGCAAACAGUUAAAAUACGUUGGCCGGUCUGAGGCAGCUACCACCGCAACUGGCAUUGGCAAAGUGCAUAAACGGGAAGUGGAAGAAAUCAUUACGAACUCCUUUAAUUAAUCUACUUGUGUUACACUGCCAGGAUUUUCAGAUAUCCAUAGUCUGAUGACUGAAUUUGACAAUUGCAUUUAAAAGCAGAAUUUUUAUCAAAUAUAGAUUUCAUUUCUUUUAAAAAUA